GAGUGCCAAUCUUGUGCUUACUGCUUGCAAACGGAUGGAUGUAAAAGUUCCUCAAUUAUUGCUCUGGUUAGGAUUUUAACUUGUUUUCAUAGUAAAUAUGACUCUGAAAUACUAUCAAGUGAACUCUGUCAUUUUAGGUUUAUCUAUAAAAUCUCCCUAAGCAAAGGAAUAACCUCUCUAAAAGAAUAGGUUCCGAAACUUUCUGAUUGUGGCUAAAGGUAUACCUUUUUCUAUUAAGCAACUGCCCUUAUUUUUUAUUCAUAAAAAGCAAUAUGCGUUUCGUUAAUUAGUAGCACCUAUUGGCCUGUUAUCAAAGUAAAUAGCACUCUGCUCUUUUCUUUUUCCCCUAUUUCUGGGCAAAGAGCUUUUAUAUCCUAAAGCUUUCCAAAGUUAACGAUUCCUUUGCAGUGGCUACCACCUAAGCAUUUGACAAGGUCCAUUAUUCUUCUUCCCUUAGAUGUAUGCCAAGUUGCAUUAUUAUUAUUUGACGGCCAAGAUUAGACCCGUAUAUCAAUAUGGAAUUUUUCAUUUUUCUGAGAGCAAGUGGAUAGAUACAAAAAGAGCUAUACUGACUUGAAAAUUCAAACGGUGCAAAAAAAAAAAAAAUGAGAAUCUUCUAUAGCAGGAAAUCAAGCUUCCUAACUGCCAAGCCAAGGCCAAGGACUUCUGCUUGUUAGGUUUUAGAGUUUACUAUUUCUUCCUCCUCUUACUAUGACAGUCAGUUUGCUUAGCUCUCUCCCUUCCACGCAAUACAAACAGACAAGACACAUGGGAAUCAUAAGACAAGAGUAGGGUCAGUCUUAAAAAGAGUGUUCUUUUAGCUCCUUAUUAAUUAUUUUAGCCUCGCCCCAAAGGAAGGAUAGCAAGGAAAAGAUGGGAAACAAGGUCUGUACCCUGUUGCGCAAAUACUUGAAGAACCACAAGAAACCAAAAGAUGUUAUUGUUAAGUCAAAGGUUGUGAUUCCCAAUGAGAUUUUUGUCCACAACAAUAAUGAUGAUUAUGAUGAUGUAUUCUUAACACCUAAGUCAGAUCACACUGAUUCUGAUGAAGAACAUCAAGAAAACAAUUCGCCAACUUUCAUUUGUGAUAUCUGUGUUGAGGAGAAGGCCUUAAACGACUCAUUUAAUCUCAAGGGUUGCACACACUUCUACUGCAUUGAUUGCACUGUUAGAUAUGUAACUUCCAAGCUUGAUGAUAAUCUUAUUUCCAUAUCUUGUCCUGGAUCAGACUGUGAAGGAAUGUUAGAGCCUGAAUACUGCCGCCAAAUCCUUCCACAAGAUGUGUUUGAUAGAUGGGGUAUUGCUUUAUGCGAGUCUCUGAUUGAUGGCUCCCAAAAAUUUUAUUGUCCUUUUAAGGAUUGCUCUGGCUUGUUGAUCGAUGAUACAGGAAUGGAGAUUGAAAAGUCAGAAUGCCCUUUCUGCAAAAGAUCAUUUUGUGUCAAGUGUAAGGUUCCUUGGCAUUCCGAGCUUAGUUGUAAAAAGUUUCAGAAAUUGAAGAAGAAAGGUGAUGAUAGUAUGUUGGUAGAUCUUGCAAAAAGGAAAAACUGGAGAAGGUGUCCCAAGUGCAAGUAUUAUGUUGAAAAAUCUGUUGGUUGCUUCUACAUGAAGUGCAGGUGUGGAUAUGCUUUCUGUUAUAGAUGCGGUGCUUGCUCAAGCACUAGUUCACAUUUCUGCCCCAAGUGUAAGCAUUGGUUGCAGCAAGUUUUGCCUCAGAGCAUGAGGUCUGCUUCUGGUACUCCUUGGAAUGUAGAGGAAAAACCUAAAAGUUCCGCAAAUACCCAACAGGGAGCUCCAAGUUCCAAACUUUUCAUGGAAUUCCAACAGACUGGAGUCUCUAAAGACUCGCGACACAAGCCGAAGACACCAAAACAAGAAAAGCCCAUAUCAAGAAAGAAACAGAAAGUGGAAAAAUCAGCAGAAAUGACUGAAACUGUGGAGCUAGACGAUUUGGAUGGGUUCUUUUACACACCUAUUUCGAAGAAAGGCAACAAGAACACAACUGAAAUAUCUGUUGAAUCAUACAGUGAAGAAAGAGACCUCAAUGUUGCUAUAUUGGCUUCUCUCCAGUCCACCUCCGCGUCCAACAAUAACAAGCAACUCAAUUUCAAUGAUCUUUCUCAAGACUAUCGAAACUAUUGUUACAUUGAUGAUGAGAAUGAUGAUCUUAGAGUACUAGAUUUCACACCUUUACCCGCUACUUCCAAGAAAGAAAUGGGGAAGAAUCGCUUUGGAUUUUCAGUGACUGAAAAGGGACAUUCUUCAGAACCCAACGACCACCCACAAUUUGUUUGCGAGAUUUGUGUUGAAUCCAAGACUGCAGAUGAGUCACUUGCAAUCCGGGGCUGCACUCAUGCGUACUGCACGGACUGCAUGGCCAAGUACGUAGCUUCAAAGAUACAAGAGAAUAUAACCGGUAUCUAUUGUCCUGUAUCAGGUUGUGGAGGCUUAUUAGAGCCUGAGUAUUGCCGUUCAAUUCUUCCUCAGGAAGUGUUUGAUAGGUGGGGUAAUGCUUUAUGUGAAGCUUUGAAUCUUGGAUCCCAAAAAUUUUAUUGUCCUUUUAAGGAUUGCUCAGCAAUGUUGAUUAAUGAUGGAGGAGAGGUUAUAAGGGAAUCUGAGUGUCCUCAUUGUAGGAGAUUGUUCUGUGCACAUUGUAAGGUCCCUUGGCAUUCAGGGAUUGAUUGCAACAAGUUUCAGACCUUGCAUAAAGAUGAACGAGAGAAGGAAGAUAUAAUGUUGAUGAAGUUGGCAGAGAAUAAGAAAUGGAGAAGAUGCCCAAUAUGUAGGAUCUAUGUGGAGAGGACGGAGGGUUGUAGAUACAUGAAAUGCAGGUGUGGAACUCAUUUCUGCUACAGCUGUGGAACUACAAAAAUAAAUACUCAAUCUCAUUACUGUAACCACUGCAAGGGCUAAUGUUCACAUCACAUGAUACAGUUCAAGUAUUUGUGUUCUGUUUGGGCUUCAAAAUUUAUUGAUGACAGUUAAAAUAUCACCCCAUAUGGCCUAAUACUUUGGUUGCUAUUUUAACUGCAACGUUAGUUGUUCGAACGACAAAGGAUUGUUUCAGUUAUUGUUCAAAUUCUUUUUGGCCCUCA